AUGUCCUCCUCCUCCUCCUCCUCCUCCUCCUCCUCUUCGGACGAUGGUUCCAGCCCUGAGUACGACGGUGCCGUUCGGCGACGCAUCGUCACCGUGCCCCAGUUCUUGCAGGCACUUCUAGGAACGGAUGGGUCCGAGACAUGCGCAGCCAGCCUUCCCCUUGCAUAUCACACACGCGACUUCGCCACGACACCGCUCCGGACGGCGUUUCAGGAGGCGUUCAUCUACUUCAACCACUUCAUCAAGGUCCAGAGCUACGAAGUCGUUCACCAGGCGUAUCUCCUCCUCGCCAUCUCACGUGGUGCGGCCAUCAUCUGCGCAAAUGGGCACGUCGGCAUCGACAUCGUCGUCCCCGUCCUCAUUGGCACCAGCUUGAAGAAGGAGAACGUGACGGCGAUCUUGGUCCAGGUGAGGAACAGUCGGCACUACGGGGCCAAGAUCAAACAGCCGGUCUUCGCGAAUAUGGACCCCUACCUAUGCGGCCUGUUCGACCGCGACGUCAAGGAGCCGCCGCCGGUCCUGCGCAUGGUCUUUGCACUUGCGUCUCCGGACGCUGCGGUGGCUUCGCCCAGCGUUCCCGUGCGAAAGUCGCGGCACAAAGACAAGACCGCCAACUUCACAGCAUACGACAUCUGGUGCGCGGGGGCGUCGCACAAGACGUUUGCGGUGAUUGAGGACGAUGAAGACGCUGCUGUUGCGAAGCUGCUCAAGUUGAUACGCAAUGCACGCGACGUGUCGGCGCAGACGCACUUGGGUGAGUCGGUGCAGCGCGCCUUGCGACAGAUGCAGCCACUGGUGUCGACGAACCGGGAGCACACCGAGCUGUUCUCCGAUUUGACUGUGGACAUGGGUGAGUGCGCGCUUGCAGAGGAUGCUGGGGAAGAUGUCGUUGAGUAG